CAUAACACCAUGGCCGGGGAUGAUAUCGAUAAUGAUGACUACGUUGCCAAUCUAUUGAAACAAGAUGCAAAGAACACGGCAAAGAAGUACGACAUGGUGGGCCUUGAUGCCUUCAUCCCGAAACGGUCACAAUUAAGAGCUCCCAAACCGAACACGAGGUUUCUACGCCACAUUAUCCGCGAGACCGAUUCACACAAUGCCGCAUUACUUGCCAAGGAGGCGGAGGAGUCCCGGGCACGUCUGCGGGAAUUAAACAAGGAGAAGAUGCGAAAGGAGAAAGAUGAGCGCCGGAGAGAGCAAGGAAGGCUGACUCCCCCGGAUAUGACGGACGACGAGAGACGACAUACGAAGAGAAAAAGACCCGACUACAGUGAUGACGAGGAACAGGACAGAGUCCGGAGGAGGAAGCGGGAGUAUGCCGAUUUGGAGGAUUACAGGUCUAGGAAGAGUAGGGAAACAGAGCGAGAUAGACAAAAAGAAAAGGCGAGAUACGAGCAUGGCAAGACUGAGAGCUCUAAACACAGGUCGAGGCGAGAGAGGCGGCAUAGGCACAGGGAGCGAGGACACGAUUCCGGCAGUGAAGAAGACGAUGAUAGAUCGUGUCGAAAAGACAACUCACACCCCAAACAUAGGAGGCGGAAAUAUUGUUCAGAAUCUAGGUCUAGGUCUAAGUCUAGGUCUCCUUCAACAUCUCCCUACCCACAAAGGCACAAGUCAUCACGGCAGCGACACGAAUCGCACUCCCGUCGCCGUCAAUCUGAAAACCCAUGCGCCAGCAGAUAUAAACAUAAAAUAUCGGAUGACAAGACCAAACAAAGACGACAAUCCGCAGGCCCUGGAUCUGAUUCCGAUCCCCUUGAGGCCAUUGUCGGACCUCUCCCUCCUCCUCAACCCAUCGUUCGUUCCCGCGGCCGUGGCGCCUACAAAGCCAACUCCAUGGCCAUGGAUGCCCGGUUUUCAUCAGGCUACGACCCCUCCACCGACAUCCACCUCAACUCCGAUGUCGAAGAUGAUUGGGAUGAUGCCCUUGAAGCACUUCGGGAUCGCCAGAAAUGGAGACAGCAGGGUGCUGAACGACUAAAAGAAGCAGGGUUCUCUGCCGAUCAAGUCAAGAAAUGGGAAAAAGGCGACGUCAAGAACGAAGAGGAUGUGGUAUGGACGAAGAAGGGUGAAGGUCGAGAGUGGGAUCGGGGAAAGGUUGUCGACGACGAUGGAGAUGUUGAUUUGAGGGCUGAAUGGGCCAGACUUAGAUGAACAAAAAGCUUCUAAAUGCAGCCAUAUAUUCCUCCAAUCGCCGAUCGCCCACUCUUAACCACAAUUUAUGGGAUAGAUGGACAUAGCUCGGAUUCAAAGCCAUAUAGAUGUGUUUCGAUUACAUCAUCCCCUCUAAUGCUUUUGCCUUCAAAGUAAUACCUGAAUCGACCAAUCGCAACAUUCGAGGGCUACUUGGCUCCAAUCAGAUCGGCAGAACAUUCACCCCCCGCCAUCGUACAAUGACCUUCGCUACGCUUG